AUGAACCAUUGGAGGGAUCUCCUGAAGCGCGGCUCUUUGGCGGAUCUUGGGGAACAGUUAGAUCCGGCCACAUCAACAGUGCCGUCCACAUUGCUGCAUUGGGCUUGUCAGGAACCCUUGACAGCCACCACCAACGCCAAGAUUCAAUUUCUGGUACAAAAGUUACCUGAUCAGUUGACCAUUAGGGAUGAGAACCACAAGAUCCCAUUGCACCAUGUCUGCCAGCAGAAUUCCUCCAUGACAUUUUCGGUGCUACGCCUUCUCUUGGAAGCGGCUCCAGAAAGCAUUUUGAUGCGAUUGCACGAUGAAGACGACGACGACGAGGGCAUCCUGCCAUCUUUUUUGGCGCAUCAUCAUGGAGCUCCAGGAGUGGUGGUUCAGUACUUGCUACGUCGGCAAUUUGCUGCCCACAAGGGUCUAAUUGUGACGCAUCAAGAUCUUUCUUGCUUACUAUGGAACGAAGCUUCAUUCUGGCAACAUGUGGCCAUUGUCAUGUUUCAAGUGGAACCAGAAAUGAUUGAACAGAUACGGUUGGUGCUCUGCCAAGAAGAAGAUGAAGCCUUUUGGCAAAGAAUGGUACAGGUGCACAAGAGCACUCUCGUCAAACUCGAGAUGCCUCAGUUUUACGCCUUGACCACGUCAUCGGUACAGUGCAUGGCACAAAUCCUGGCAAAUCGAGACUUUCCAGACUUGCAAGUCUUGGAUGCCCGUUGUUUCCAUACGCUUGUCCCGACACCGACACAGCAUCCUAACAAGAAUCCACAAUUGACGGUGACCGAAACCCUUGCUCGAGGUCUGAGAGACCCGUCCUGUCGUUUGAAAAGCCUCUCCUUGGGCACCUUGACAGCCUCCGAACUCAAGCUGUUGCUGCUCCAAGGACUAAGGUCCAAUCGGUCCGUGGAAUACUUUCAGGUGGAACGCAUCAAUAUGGAGGAAUUCGGCAAUAACAAGAAAUUGAUGCGCGGUUGGAUGUCAUUGCGGGAAAUUCUGUGCCUGUCACUUCAACAAAACACAUCGCUUGAACGUGUUGUGGGUCCGAGACCACUCACUCAGUGUGCUCAAGUGCAAUUGUACCUGCAGCUCAAUCGAGAAUUCCAUCGUCGAGACAUGGGAGCAUGGAGUCCCACGCUUGUGGCUCUUGUCUUGGCCAAGGCCAAACUCGAGAUGCUUGCUAAAAGUGGUAGUAGCAACAAUGACGGGUACCACUUUGCUGCUGCUCCAGAGCCACCCGGUGAUCCCAGGUCGGCCAUGUUUUACAUCCUCCAAUCGAGGCCAGACAUUUUGAGAGCAGGUACAGCAACGAGUAGCGCAAGUAAUGUCAUGUUUGCUGGCGGCACGUCCAAGCAGUGA